AUGUCACACUAUUUUUUAUUGAAACAUCUUUUCAAACCCUUCAAAAGUGUUUGGAAGUGUAAAAAGUUAAUCAAAGUGCUAAUUAUAACUUAUUUAAAAUAUUGCGCUUAUUUCAACAAUAAAAUCUCAGCUACUGAGAAGGUGAAAAGGUGCAACUUCGCGUCUCAACAAACUUCAGGCGUCUUUUACACGGCGGAAGCGCAACGGAUAUGCGAAACAACUUCUUUUGUGCUUUUGAUCGCUUCCUUCAACGGAGCUUCAAUAUCUCUGCCUCAGGCGGAAAUCGGGGUCAUAACGGGAUCGCAGACAACUGUAAAGCCAAUGCGUUGGUAA